AUGGCGAACUUUUUGUUACCUUUCACGUUGCUGUUGCUGUUGCUGCUGCUGCUGCUGCUGCUGCUGCUGCAGCAGCAGCAACACAGCGAGCCGAUCGUGGCCUUCUGUUCCCAGACACCAUACCCUGACGUGUGCAACUCCAUGGUGACUCGGUCCGACUCGGUCAUUGAGGAGUCGUCGCUGACUUGGAACGAAUUCCGUGGUCUCCUCCACCGGGCCACGCUCGAGAGGACCGUCCUCGCCCACCAGCGGGCCGUGGCGAGGAACCCGAGCCAGUUCGACGAGCCGGGAAGACGGGCCUGGUCUGACUGUGUCGAGCUGCUGGCUGAUACGGUCCGCCUCGUGAACCAGUCGCUGGUUCGCCCGGGUGACGAUGCACAGAUGUGGCUCAGCGCCGCCAUGACGAACCAGCGCACGUGCCGCGACGGCUUUCUCGAGCUCGGUUUGACGGCGCCGGUGAUGGACGACGGCGGAAACUUGACAGAGUCUAUCAGAAUCUUGCUCGCCGUUAACAACGCAAUGCUAAUUGCCGCCGGCGGGCAACAUAACCGGCGCCGCCGUUUGGGGUUAUUGUUCCCGGAGUGGAUGGCGACGGCCGACCGGAAGCUACUGGCGGAGUCGGACGUGAAAUCGGAUUUCGUGGUGGCGCAGGAUGGCUCCGGCGACUACAAAAGUAUUGCCGAAGCCGUAGCGGCUGUGCCCAAGGCGAGGGGAGGAAGCACGGCGAGGUUCGUCAUACACGUGAAGGCCGGCGUCUACCAAGAGUACGUGGAGAUUCCUACCACGAUGGAGAAUUUAAUGAUGACCGGCGAUGGGAUGGAUGCUACCGUGGUGACAGGAAACAGGAGCGUUAAAGAUGGCUACACCACCCCCCAAUCGGCCACCUUCGGUGUAUCGGGCAACGGAUUCAUCGCCCGUGACAUGACGUUCCAAAACACAGCCGGGCCGGAAAAGGAACAGGCGGUGGCGCUCCUAUCCAAGUCCGACCACUCCGUCUUCUACAACUGCAGCUUCAAGGGCUACCAGGACACCCUCUGUGUCUACUCCCACACACAGUUCUUUCGAAACUGUGACGUCUACGGAACCAUCGACUUCAUCUUCGGCAACGCCGCUGUUGUCUUCCAGAACUGCAACCUCUGCGUGAGGCGGCCUAUGAAAGGCCAAUCGAACGUCGUGACGGCUCACGCCAGGAGCAGCUCGGACGAGGCUACCGGCAUAUCGAUCCACAACUCUGUCGUGGCUGCAGCAUCGGACCUCGUGCCGGUGCAAGGGUCGGUCAAGACGUACCUCGGCCGACCGUGGGGGGAGUAUUCGAGGACAGUGGUGAUGAAGACGGAGCUAGGAGGCUUGAUCGACCCAGCAGGGUGGAUGGAGUGGAACGGCAGCUUUGCGCUCAGCACGUUGUACUAUGGGGAGUUCAUGAACACCGGCGCCAGCGCCGACACAAGUAGGAGGAUGCAUUGGGAUGGUUAUCACGUGAUCGAUAACUCAUCUGAAGCUGAAAAAUUCACUGUCGGAAACUUCUUGUCCGGCGACUCGUGGAUACCAGCUACCGGUAUUCCUUUCACGUCGAGCUUAUAA